CAUAAUGUUUCGUUUUCGUCUUACCUAAUCGACUGAACGUUUAGAUUGAUCUCAUACUAUUUUCAUUUUCCGUUCGUGACAAAAUUUAUCGAAGUGUAUUAUAUAAAUAUAUAUAAUACAGUCGUAAUACUGCGCGCCAGGUCUCUUCUCUUGAAUCUCUUCCCAAUUUUCGGGCGUUCCUAUUAAGUUUUUGAAGUUUAAUUUCAAUAUCCAAAGGUUCUGUCAUCGAGCGGAAUCGUAAGAGACCAGUCGAUACAACAAGAGACGCGAACAAUACACAUGUCAAUCCAAAAUCUCAACGUGUUUGAUCCGUUUGCUGAUGCAAACAAGGGUGCUGACGAUGACGUUCAAGAAGGGCUCGUUCACAUAAGAAUUCAACAGCGUAAUGGCCGUAAAACAUUAACAACAGUUCAAGGUCUAUCAUCAGAAUACGACUUGAAGAAGAUUGUACGAGCUUGCAAAAUGGAGUUUGCGUGCAAUGGUACAGUAGUUGAUCAUCCUGAAUACGGUGAAGUGUUACAGUUACAAGGAGACCAGCGAGAAAACAUUUGCCAGUGGUUAACUAAAUGUGGUCUUGCCAAGUCUGAUCAACUUAAGGUCCAUGGUUUCUAAUACUUUGUACAAUUACAUUACUCAGUUAAACAAAUCUCAAUAAUUUAAAAAUUGAAAACAUACGUUAAUAAAUUUAAUGUUUGAUUCUA